AUGGCCCAAGCUCUGGACUUGGUGCCCUGGCCGCCAGAUGCCAGCCCCAUCUACGCAGCACCUGCAGUUCUCAUUCCCCUGGAGCCCAAGAAGACCAUGUUAGCUGGAGUGAAGGAGCGCCUCUACCACCCCUGCCUGCCAACCCUGAGGCGCAUGGACAUGGACACCAUGGCCCACAGGCUCACCGACAUGCACUCCAGGACCACCACCACCUGCUCCAAAGAGGAUUUCCGAAGGGCGACCUUCACCUUGGCCGGAGUGCCCAGCAGGCCCCUCCCCUCCCGGGCCGUGCUGGAGCUGCGCCAGUCGCGGGCCGGCCGGUACCGCGCGGGGAAGCUGGCGCCGCUGCCGCCCGGCACCAACCAGGAGGAGUGGCCCAGCUACACGCGCGCCAUGCAGGACUGGUCCCGCUUCGUCUCCGCCGCCGGCGAGUUCGCGCUGCCCAGCUUCAACCGCAAAGUUCUUGGGUUCAGCUGUUAUGCUGUCAGAUACUUAAAACCAGACGUCACUCAAACCUGGAGGUAUUGCCUCAAUCAGAAUCCCAGCCUGGAUCGAUAUGGACCGAAGCCUCUUCCUUACAACACCGUGAACACCUACAGGAGCUUUGGAACCGCCCACAGCCGCUCUCACUACCUUGAGCCCUGGCGCUAA